AUGCUUCUGGCGCGGAUGAAGCCGCAGGUGCAGCCCGAGAACAGCGGGGCGGACCAGGGGCUCGAGCAGCCCGUGCAAGGGCGCAAAGCCGCCGAGCUGUUGGUGGUGAAAGAGCGCAACGGCGUCCAGUGUCUCCUGGCGUCCGGCGCUGGCGACGAGCAGCCCCGGGAGACCUGGGGCAAGAAGAUUGACUUCCUGCUGUCGGUGAUAGGCUUCGCGGUGGACCUGGCCAACGUGUGGCGCUUCCCCUACCUCUGCUACAAGAACGGUGGUGGUGCCUUUCUGAUUCCAUACACCCUGUUCCUUAUCAUCGCCGGGAUGCCUCUGUUCUACAUGGAGCUGGCCCUGGGCCAGUACAACCGAGAAGGGGCAGCCACGGUGUGGAAGAUCUGCCCAUUCUUCAAAGGAGUGGGCUACGCCGUGAUCCUCAUUGCCAUCUACGUUGGCUUCUACUACAAUGUCAUCAUUGCCUGGUCACUCUACUACCUCUUCUCCUCCUUCACCCUCAAACUGCCCUGGACCGACUGCGGCCAUUCCUGGAACAGCCCCAACUGCACCGACCCCAAGCUCCUCAAUAGCUCCAUGCUGGGCAACCACACCAAGUACUCUAAAUACAAGUUCACGCCCGCAGCAGAGUUCUAUGAGCGUGGCGUCCUGCACCUGCACGAGAGCAGCGGGAUCCAUGACAUCGGCCUGCCCCAGUGGCAACUCUCACUCUGUCUGAUGGUCGUCGUGGUCAUCCUGUUUUUUAGCCUCUGGAAAGGAGUGAAGACCUCAGGAAAGGUGGUGUGGAUCACGGCCACGCUGCCCUACCUCGUGCUCUUUGUGCUCCUGGUCCACGGCGUCACGCUGCCCGGCGCCUCCAACGGCAUCAACGCCUACCUGCACAUCGACUUCUACCGCCUAAAAGAGGCCACGGUAUGGAUCGAUGCGGCAACUCAGAUCUUUUUUUCUUUGGGGGCUGGAUUUGGAGUCCUGAUUGCGUUUGCCAGUUACAACAAAUUUGACAACAACUGCUAUAGGGACGCCCUGCUCACCAGCACCAUCAACUGUGUCACCAGCUUCAUCUCUGGGUUUGCCAUCUUUUCCAUCCUCGGUUACAUGGCCCACGAACACAAGGUCAACAUUGAGGACGUGGCCACUGAAGGAGCCGGCCUGGUUUUCAUCUUGUACCCAGAAGCCAUUUCCACCCUGUCGGGAUCCACGUUCUGGGCCAUCGUGUUCUUCGUCAUGCUCUUGGCUCUGGGAAUUGACAGCUCAAUGGGAGGCAUGGAGGCCGUCAUCACGGGCUUGGCGGACGACUUCCAGGUCCUGAAGAGACACCGGAAACUCUUCACAUUCGGUGUCACCUUUGGAACCUUCCUCCUGGCCCUGUUUUGCAUAACCAAGGGUGGGAUGUACGUGCUGACCCUGCUGGACACCUUCGCGGCGGGGACUUCCAUUCUGUUUGCUGUGCUCAUGGAAGCCAUCGGCGUCUCCUGGUUCUACGGUGUGGACAGGUUCAGCAACGACAUCCAACAGAUGAUGGGGUUCAAGCCGGGCCUCUACUGGCGACUGUGCUGGAAGUUUGUGAGCCCCGCCUUCCUCCUGUUUGUGGUGGUGGUGAGUGUCGUCAACUUCAAGCCGCUCAACUAUGACGACUACGUCUUCCCGCUCUGGGCCAACUGGGUCGGGUGGGGCAUCGCGCUCUCCUCCAUGGUGCUCGUGCCGGCCUACAGCAUCUACAAGUUCUUCAGCAUACGGGGCUCCCUCCGGGAGAGACUGGCCUACGGCAUCACCCCGGAGAACGAGCAUCACCUGGUGGCCCAGAGGGACGUCAGGCAGUUCCAACUACAGCACUGGCUGGCCAUCUGACCUGGCCCCAGGGAGGAGCCCUGCCGCGCCCGUGUCCAGGUCCAAGGCUUCGCUACCACCCCGGGCACAGUCUUGAAAAUCCUCUCCUGAAAGAUGUGUCUUUCCAUCCCUCUUCCUCUUUCCCCAGUUACAAAUGGUUUAGUGACCUGGUUUUUAUUCACCUUCUGUUCAUCGGGCCCGGGGGCUUUGAGUUCAGAUUUGGAAAGCCUCAAGGGAGAAGAGGAGGGGAGGGAAAUGGAAGAAUAACUUCUGUUGAACCUCUUUUGUGUGGAGAAGGUCUCACGCCGCUUUGGGAUCUGGCCCAAGCUGAGCUCCAUGGCUCGGGCGGAAUUCCCCACCACGCGUGCUUGUACUUUGGGUCACGGAAGAAAUCCUGUCGGCCAAAUCAGAGAGGGGAUGUUCCUCUUGGUGAGACAUCAUAAAGCCAAACACACACAAAAAGCCCCGCUGGGUCUGGGGCAGGGAAUCCUUUCUCUUGCCACCUGGUCAGCGCUGUGGUGUCUGAACCUUGGUCAGGGAGCUGGGGUUGGUGUGUCUCUGUCUUGGGUCUAUGGAUAGAUGCUUUGGGGGAUUGUGAGCAGAAACCUUCACAGUCAGUUUUCACUCUGGCUCAGCUGAGUCUGAUGUGUGUGUGUGUGUUCUGGAGCAUUCUUCCUGGGGAAUCCCACCCAGCAAGGUCUCCCACCCAGUACGGUCCCCGGGCUUUUCAAGUGAUAGGGGGUGGCCCCGAAAACUCCCUUUGUCUCUCUUCAUGGUCUGGACUUAGCACCUGAGGGCAGGGUGGGACCAAGUACAGAGCAACCUGGUCACUCAAGUCGAGGGGAGAAUAUUCUGAGUUGAUGGAGCGGGUUGGUGGUUUUAGAGAAUUUCCAGCUUCACUUCUGUUACAUGUUCACGCGUAGCGCCCUCUGGUGGUGGUGGUUAGUUUCAGCUCCUUCAGAGAACGCAUUCGUAGUUUGGUUAAGGUGGUGGCAUCUGUUUGGGGUUUCUGUUUAUGGUUUGAGUCUCUUCUUAUGUACCCGCUGGAAAUCGAGAUUCAGAGGUUCUUGUUGUGACUGUGGAAGCCCCUGUUGAAGAAUCUUGGGCCAUAAGUAAAUAAAUAAAGAGGCCACUUAUACUGGGGGUGUAGGAAGACACACAUCCAGAAGGUGCUUUGCAUAAACCUGGGGUGUCCCUGAGCCUGACCAAUGGAUCAUGCAGUUUGUGGAAGAGGGUUAUAAGAGGGCCAGCUGGGGGCAGCGAGGUGGUUUCCUCUCUGACGGUCCUGAGAUUUCCCUGCUAAGUCAGUGUCCGUGGGUGAUUUUUUGGAGAAAAGAGGGAAAAUCAGAAGACUUUUGGUCUUUUCGUGUAAAAAGGCCAGCUCUAAGUCUGCGGCAGCCCAGGUGGCAGGUGUCUUAGACCACUGUGGAAGGCGGGUCCUGGGAGUGGAGCAUCCAACAGAGUAGAACAGUAAGGUGGGGGUCUGGGUGAUGAGGGCAGGGUGACCCAUCUCAGGUGGGAUCUGGCCCCGUGAAGGGUAAUUCUUCCCUCGGUGUUACGCUUGUUUUCCACAAAGCGCUUUCAUCCCUGUCACCUCCCGUCUUCCCAGCAAGGGCUGCAGGGCCGGUCUCUGUCCCCAUUUCCGAGAUGGGAACACCAAGGCCCAGCAUUUCGGGCACUCUGGUUCAAGCGCUGUCAGCUCCUAAGGGAUCCAGUCAGACCCUCAGCUCAGAUCCCUGGACUCUCAGCCCAGAGCACUCUGAAAUCUCCUGCACACUAGGGUUUCCCCCCCACCCAGGCUGUCAUUAAAAAUAAACAAAACCCAGUCGAACAGCCAGAUGGGGUCUCUUAGCCAAAGAACAAUGUGUUGGAAGAAGGAGAGAGGGGAGAGGAUGUCGUUUGGUCCCAUCUAGCUAGUUGCCAGAGGAGAUCGUUGAGCCGCUCCCUUUCGGAUGAACACAGCCGCUCCGGGGAACAGCGGGGUGUGACCGCGGAGGCUGGCUGGCUGAAAUGAGGGUGAACAGAAAAGCCUGUGUGUAUCAGAACAGGGACACCCUCCAGAGAGAAACUGCCAUCCGCAUGUGGCCUUUCUGCCUCUAGAUAUUUGUCCCAAGGGUGAAUCGGAGAUGUGGUGCUAGCUGAUCCAACACCAAACCAACGCAAUGGUGCUGCUUUGGGGGGGGAGUGGGCUCCUGAGCCUGGGGCGAGGGGCGAGGGCGGGUGUGGCCCCCCCUCCCCUGGGGGUGGCAGGGGGACCCAGGAAGCCCUUGGAAGCCUUGGAGGUGCCGGCAGACACUCUGGGCUCACCUUCCACCCACACUUAGUGGAGGGGGAGUACGUCCUUGAUCCUGAGUCACGCUUGACUUCUUUUUUGUGGCCUUUUUUUGAUAGCAGAGGUUACCCGACAUGAGGGUACUCCCGUGUACUGUAUAUGACACUUUUGCAUUUUACCAGAUUUUUAAAGGAUUAUUAUUUUCCAUGAAAUGUAAAAUAUCGGUUUAAGACCACCGCGUUAACAUCUGCUCAGUGUCCAGUGAUUCCGUGUCCACCUGUGAGCGGGUCUUCAUUCUAGAUGCAGAGGACACAAAGGAGAAAGGGGAGCUGCCAACUCUUGCCAAACGUCCUGCUGAAUACAAGUCUCCGAAGCUGCCUUAAUUCUCGGACGGCAGCCCCGCCCGGGGUGGGAGGGGGUGUUGGCUGUCUCUGGGUGUAGGACCCGUUUUGCAGCCCUGGUGAUGUGAGCCCGAAGCAUUCUUACCAAAGAAGUCAUUUCUUAGUAGAGAAGCCCGCUGAGCUCAUUUCAUUUGUUUAUUUCCUUUGGAAGCCAGGGGAGGGAGAAGGGAGAAAAGCAUGCACAGCUCAGCAUUCCGAGCCACAGGGACCUGGGUCUGCAGCCUCGCUGGGCUCCUGGGGAGGGGGGAGCUUUAUCUCUCGGGGCUCCGGGGUUCUUUGCACAAGCAAAGCUUGGAUCCCAUAAUUGAAGGUCCCAUCCAGUUAAAAAAAUGUUCCUGUCUCCAUGACAAUGUUCUUGUGCUAGAUGUACAGUGAGGGAAGUACAUCGUUUACCGCAGGACCUUCCAGAAUGAUCUGGUGACCCGUAACCUGUGAAGUAGAGCAAUGUCCGAUUUCUGGCCUCCAGAAUGUGGAUUUUUCUGGACAUUCAGUAGUUCCUCCUUCUCUGGUAUGUCCUCAAUGGAUGCCAGAAACACUGGGUAUUUAAAAAAUAAAAUCCAACCCUUUUGUUUUGAGGAUGUUGAGGGUGACGCGUGUCAUGCCCAUGUGAGCCCCAGGAUCCGCAGCUGUGCGGGCGUCCGCAUCGUUACUGCCGCCAAAGACACUGGUAAAUGUGAAGUUGCUUUUGGGGUACCCGCCCUCGUCCCUCUGCUUCUCCACUUCUGUGUAAAUAAGGAUUGUUCCAGUGGUGCCCUCUCUGUGUCAUGGACUGUACCAAUGUCAUGCAGGUUUCUCUGUCUGGUGUGGAUUUAUUUUAAAAGCUGUUCUCUUCAUGGAAAAAUAAGUCUACAGAGUAAUAAAGGAUA